GCGUUCUCUUACGCAGGCGUAAUCGAGCGAGCACGAACUAUACCCUUUUAGCAACAUCUUUGUAAGGCUCCUGGCGUUCUCCCCACCCCUUGUGUGGCGCUUCCAAGCAGAAUAGACUCAUGUAUUCCCUGGCCACUGCUCAACUUGCCGUAGACUGUGUAACAAUAUUCAAUACUUUUGUACCUAUGGGCCGAGCCACGAGGCAAACCACCUUAGCGAAUAUUACCAUACCUGUCAAUGCCGCGAAACGCGCCAUUUUCUUCACGAUGAUGGUCCUCGGUGAUGCUAUCGUGAUAUGCAGAUGUUGGGUCGUUUGGGCUUAUCCUUGGUACUUGGUUGUUCUGCCGAUCUUGUGUUCCGUCAGCAGUGCCGUGCUCGCAUAUAUGACAAUCUGGGCCACACAACACCGAGAUACCGGCGCGUUCAUAUUGAAGACACCUUCGAGCUAUGGAACCGCUAUACUUAUCCUUUCGCUUGCUGCCAAUGCGAUAUCGACAUCACUUAUCGCUUACCGUAUCUGGAGGUCCGAGAGCCGCAUGAAGGCUAUCACAAGUAAUACCUCUAAGAGAGGACGUCUCAUGCCUGUGGUUCGCAUUGUCAUCGAAAGCGGAGCUCUUAAUACUGCAGACCUUAUUACCUAUAUUGCGGUUCUUCAAGCUCAGAGAGGAAAAGGCAGUCUGCCAAUUGUCGCUGAUAUGGCAUCUCCACUCGUCGGGAUUAUCUUCUCUCUGGUUAUAGUUCGCGUUGCUUAG